GGCAGAUCGCCCCGCGGUGGGAGGAGGCUUGCGUGCCGCGUCUGCGGGAAGGAGCCUGGAGCCAGCCCGAGCCGGGGCGAAGAACCGAGAGGCCCGCGGAGCCGCGAGGAGAACGCUCGGGCGCCGCUGAGCUGGGGGCCGCGGCCGGCCGGCCUACGGGCCCAGCCCGGCCUGGCGCUGAGGGGGACGUGCGCUGUGGAGACGUGGAGGAGCGAGGCGCCGCGGCCUGAGAAAUAUCUGUGCAAGAUGUUGACGUUGCAAACUUGGAUAGUGCAAGCCUUGUUUGUUUUCCUCACCACUGAAUCUAUAGGUGGACUUCUAGAUCCAUGUGGGUAUAUCAACCCUGAAUCUCCAGUUGUACAACUUGGUUCUAAUUUCACUGCAGUUUGUGUGCUAAAGGAAAAAUGUAUGGAUUAUUUCCAUGUAAAUGCUAAUUACAUUUUCUGGAAAACAAACCAUGUUACUGUUCCUAAAGAACAAUAUACUGUCAUAAACAGAACAGCAUCUAGUGUCACAUUUACAAAUAUAUCUUUAUUGAAUAUUCAACUCACUUGCAACAUUCGUACGUUUGGACAGAUUGAUCAGAAUGUUUAUGGAAUCAGAAUAAUUUCAGGCUUGCCUCCAGAAAAACCUAAAAAUUUGAAUUGCAUUGUGAAUGAAGGAAAGAAAAUGAUGUGUCAGUGGGCUCCUGGAAGGGAAACGUACCUGGAAACAAACUUCACUUUAAAAUCUGAAUGGGCAACAGAGAAAUUUGAUGAUUGUGAAGCAAAACGUGAUACCCCCACCUCAUGCACUGUUGAUUAUUCUCCUGUGUAUUUUGUCAACAUUGAAGUCUGGGUAGAAGCAGAGAACGCCCUUGGGAAGGUUACAUCAGAUCAUAUCAAUUUUGAUCCUAUAGAUAAAGUGAAGCCCAAUCCACCACAUAAUUUAUCAGUCAGCAACUCAGAGGAACUGUCUAGUAUCUUAAAAUUGACAUGGAUCGACUCAAGUAUUAAGACUUUUAUCAGACUGAAAUACAACAUUCAAUAUAGGACCAAAGAUGCUUCAACUUGGAGCCAGAUUCCUCCUGAAGAUACAGCAUCCACUCGAUCUUCAUUCACUGUCCAGGACCUUAAGCCUUUUACAGAAUAUGUGUUUAGAAUUCGUUGUAUGAAGGCAGAUGGUAAAGGAUUCUGGAGUGACUGGAGUGAAGAAGCAAGUGGCAUCACAUAUGAAGAUAGACCAUCUAAGGCACCAAGUUUCUGGUAUAAGAUAGAACCAUCCCAUACUCAUGGCCAUAGAUCUGUACGACUCAUAUGGAAGACAUUGCCUCCUUUUCAAGCCAAUGGAAAUAUUUUGGAUUAUGAAGUGACUCUCACAAGAUGGAAAUCACGUUUACAAAAUUACUCAGUUAAUGACACAGAACUGACGGUAAACCUCACAAAUGAUCGCUAUAUAGCGACUUUAACAGCAAGAAAUCUGGUUGGCAAAUCAGAUGCAUCUGUUUUAACUAUCCCUGCCUGUGACUUUCAAGCUACUCACCCCGUAAAGGAUCUUAAGGCAUUUCCCAAAGAUAACGUGCUUUGGGUAGAAUGGACUGCUCCGAAUGAAUCUGUAAACAAAUAUGUACUUGAAUGGUGUGUGUUAUCGGAUAAAUUGCCCUGUAACCCAGACUGGCAACAAGAAGACGGUACUGUCCAUCGCACCUAUUUAAGAGCGCCUUCCAAAGGACCUACUGUUCGGACAAAAAAAGUGGGGAAAAAUGAAGCUGUCUUAGAGUGGGACCAACUUCCUGUUGAUGUUCAGAAUGGAUUCAUCAGAAAUUAUACUAUAUUUUAUAGAACCAUCAUUGGAAAUGAAACUGCCGUAAACGUGGAUUCUUCCCACACAGAAUAUACACUGUCCUCUUUGACUAGUGACACUUUGUACAUGGUACGAAUGGCAGCAUACACAGAUGAAGGUGGAAAGUAUGGUCCAGAAUUCACAUUUACCACACCAAAGUUUGCUCAAGGAGAAAUUGAAGCCAUAGUUGUGCCUGUUUGCUUAGCAUUCCUCUUGACAACCCUUUUGGGAGUAUUGUUCUGCUUUAAUAAACGAGACUUAAUAAAAAAACACAUCUGGCCUAAUGUUCCAGAUCCUUCAAAGAGUCAUAUUGCCCAGUGGUCCCCUCACACACCUCCAAGGCAUAAUUUUAAUCCAAAAGAUCAAAUGUAUUCAGAUGGCAAUUUCACUGAUGUAAGUGUUGUGGAAAUAGAAGCAAACGACAGAAAGCCCUUUACAGAAGAUCUGAAAUCAUUGGAGCUAUUCAAGAAGGAAAAAAUUAGUACUGAAGGACACAGCAGUGGUAUUGGAGGGUCUUCGUGCAUGUCAUCUUCUAGGCCAAGCAUUUCUAGCAGUGAUGAAAAUGAAUCUGCACAAAACACUUCGAGCACUGUCCAGUAUUCCACUGUGGUGCACAGUGGCUACAGACACCAGGUUCCGUCAGUCCAAGUCUUCUCAAGAUCCGAGUCUACCCAGCCUUUGUUAGAUUCCGAAGAACGGCCAGAAGAUCUACAGCUGGUAGAUAAUGUAGAGGGCAGUGAUGGCAUUUUGCCCAGACAACAGUAUUUCAAACAAAACUGUAGUCAACAUGAAACCAGUCCAGUUAUUUCACAUUUUGAAAGGUCAAAGCAAGGUUCAUCAGUCAAUGAAGAAGAUUUUGUUAGACUUAAACAGCAGCAGAUUUCAGAUCAUAUUUCACAGUCCAAUGGAUCUGGGCAAAUGAAAAUGUUUCAAGAAGUUCCUACAGCAAAUGUUUUUGGUCUAGGUACUGAGGGACAAGUAGAGAGAUUUGAAACAGUUGGGAUGGAGGCUGCGCUUGAUGAAGGAAUGCCUAAAAGUUACUUACCACAGACUGUAAGACAAGGUGGCUACAUGCCUCAGUGAAAGACUAUUUCUGUUACAACUUCAGCAGUACCUGUAAAGUAAAGCUAAAAAUAUUUUAUCUGGAAUUUCAGAUAAAAAUAAUCUUCACCCACUGAAGAUGUUGAAAAUGUACUGUCCUCCCACAUGGGCUGUUUCCUUUCCAGAAUAUCUGGGAUUCUACUUUAAGCACUACAUAAACUGACUUCAUCCUCUGAAUAGCUGAAUGACUUUGUGCUGUUUUAGGAUGUUUGCACUGAAGAAGAACAGAAAGCUUGUCUGAAAUUUAUAAAGUAAAACUUUUUGUUUUGCUACCUAGAAAACAGAGAGUAUUUAAAUAGUAAGCAGUGAGCACAGCUAUCCUGAUUUUAGUGAUAAUAGUCAUCAAAGUGGCUUCGGGAGAGUUAAUAGAAAAAAUUAGGGGAGCAAAGUCUAAACCCACUACUUCAGCUGCCAACGUAAUUUAAAAAGAGGUUCAGACGGCAUAACUAUAUGAGCGCAGCUUUUAUUGUCUGACAGAAAAACCCACAACAAAUGGACUCAUUUAAAAUCAUACCAACAUAUAAAAUAAGUUUUCUUCCAUUGGUAAUAAUGCUGCCAGUUACUGGAGAAAAGGAAUUCAGGAAUUUUAACUUGGCAAAUUAAAAAUAUUAAUUUUUGAAUGUUACAUAAUCUUAACAAAUUUUAACAGAUUUUCAAAAAAUUUUCUAUCAUUAUUGACAGCCUCUCUGAAGAUCUAUUUCACAAAGUCAUUAGAGUGUCCAGAUGAGAGCUAGGAAGGAAUGCCACAAGCUAUCUUAAGCAUUUAAAAAAUUCUUUGUCAUUUAUAAAGGUUUAAAUUGUUAACAUUUUCUAUGUGUGUAUAUAAACAUUAUUGAGCCUUCUUGUUAAGACUUCAGAGAAUUUGGUUGAUGAAGCACUUUAUAUAAUAUGUCUUUGGCUUAAAAUGUGUUUUAAUUUAAUAUUCUUUGUUUUUAUUUUUAAGUAGGCUGAGAUCAAAAAUGUUCUUUUUUUCUAGUAAGUGUUUGAAGCAAACUAAUUAGAAGACUUGGGCAAUACUCACCAAAACACAACCCCCAAAAUGUACAUAUUGAUCUUAGUAAAUAUCACGGUUAGCAAAUAUCCUUAUUGUAGAGGCACUUAAUGAAUAGUGUUUUAAUAUCUGCCAGUUCUGAGGUAGGUGGAACUUAGUUUUACAUUGUGAUUUAGUAAUAUUUUAAACCCUUUCCACAUGUUCUGUUCUUCAGUGGAGAAGUGAGCCAGGCCUGCAGAGUUUAGUGCUAAACCCCCUUUUGCACUUAUGCCAUUUCCAUUUGACAAGGAGGCAGGGGGUUAAAGAUAGGAGCUGAGUAAGUGAGAAGAAGUUGUCAUAAAUCAUUAGUGGUUGACUACUGCUAUCAAGUAGUUUGGAGAAUAUAGGUUUUGUUUUUCUGUCAUAUUUAAGUUAAAGAAACCAGGUCAACUUAAAAUAGUUUGUAGAGGUUAUGAAGAAUAAAAUGCCAAGAAACAUUGGUACCCAUUUACAGUUGAAAUAGGAUUCUACUCAUUACUCUUUCAGAAUAUUGUUCACAUGAGACUUCCUGUUACACUUUAUCCUUUGUAUUCUUGCCUAAUAAUUUUCAUGAGUUCUUUCACAAAUAUGGUCUUUGUGACACAGAGCAGAUGCUUUAUUCUGAUAUAUCCAGUUCUACUUUCGGCACAACCAGCGUGAGAUUUGUAGAAUUACAGAAUUAGAAGUAGAUGAGGAAAAUUAGGCACAGAGAGGUCAAGUAGGGACAGAGAGACUCCAGACACACUACAGGACAAUGGCAUCACCACCAUUUAAGUUGGUUGUCAAAAUCUGGUCCAAAUCAGGACUACAUUUAUCUUCCUAAAUGUCUGUCAUGAAAUUUAUAUCUAAUCUAUUAAAUUUUUUAUUUCCUCAAAAUAAGUAAUCGCUUGAUUGUAAUCAUGUUUAGCUCUCACCUUAUAACAAAUAGGAGAGUUGAGAAGAACAUUCUAGUGUGAAGUUUGUACAUGGUGGGGGGCACUUUGAAAUGUGAACUCAUGAUCUAAGGGAAUAAGAAUGAAGAGUCAUUUAAGAAAGGACAUUGUGCAAGCAAAUUUGUCUGUUGAAACUUGUAUAGAACAUGGUGCAGUGAGGGAAUGCCUCCCAGCCCCAAGAUCACUUUGGACAUUAAAUGGAUACGUGAUUACUGUGUAAAAAUCCACUCAAGAAAUAAAUCUAUAUUUGGUCACCAAUAUAUAACAUACAUCUUUUGCCCAAAAAGAGAAAAGCAAUCAUGAAACUUAAGUACAAAAUUACUUUCCUAAGGCAUAUCUUAGAAUAAUCUAUGUUUUGAUGCAUGUAAAUUGUAUUUUAGGUAGGCAGAGAAACAAAUCUGGUUUAUUUAUGUGAAAAUUAGUCUACGUUAGUGGAUUUAUUACUCAUUAAAUCUUUAUAUCCAAAAAUUUAGUUUAAAGUAAUGCUACCAUAUCAGAAAACAGCCUCUUUGUGGACAAAACUAAUUUACUGUGUCUGAUGCAGUUGUCCGCUUGUAGGAUUAAAAAAAAUAAGCAUGUGUUACAUGUACUGCUGUUGUAAUGUGACUGUUAGUUACUGAUGUCUUUGGUGUCCUGUCCCCAUCCCUCAUAAAGGCAUGAUGCUGAAUAACUAUUGGAGAACUAUCCAACUUCAAAACCAUUAAAAUGUAAAAAUUUAAUCCUUUUUUAACAUGGAUCAGUCAGCACUCACAAACAUACCCAACAUGUAAGUAGAUGCAGGAGGAAAAGCAAAAUCAUUCACGUUUUGUGUUCACAUCUGUUCUCUACCUAGUUGUCUGUAUAAUUUCAACAUUAUUCCUUUUCUUUUCUUUUUUUAAGAUUGGCAUCUGAGCUAACAACUGUUGCCGAUCUUUUUUUUUUCUUCUCCCCAAAGCCCCCCAGUACAUAGUUGUAUAUUCUAGUUGUGAGUGCCUCUGGUUGGGGCAUGUGGGACGCCGCCUCAGCGUGGCUUGAUGAGCGGUGCCAUGUCCGCGCCCAGGAUCUGAACCAGCGAAACCCUGGGCCGCCAAAGCUUAACUACUUGGCCAUGGGGCCAGCCCCUCAACAUUAUUCCUUGAUAAGAGAUUUUACACGUUAUCCAGUGACCCUAGCUUAUCGUGAAAUUAAAGGUUAAUGAAGUCGAAGUAUACUUUAAAACAUUUAUGAACGCUCAUAAAGUGGAACAUCUAAAACAGCUUUAUAAACAGAAAUCAAAUUUUAAAAGAUGUCUAUUUUCUACCCACACACCCUUAACUAGUUAAAAUCAUGCCUUAAAUGUAGAAUAAUUACAUAGUCGAAUUCCCUGAAAUAUUUCUAUUACCUGGCUCACAUUGACCAGUGUAAAUUAAGUAGGUGAGCUCUUCCUCCAUUCUCUUCUAUUUCACAUCAUUCUCCUCCUCCGUUGGAUUUUGAGAACAAAUUCCUAAACCAUACACUUCUGUUUCACUAGUUUUAUUUUGUUGAAAUGGGUAAAAUGUCAAAAUAAUAAGCUACAGAAAACUUAAAAUUUCAUUGUUAAAAAUUCUUUGGAUAGCUUUGUAUUGUAGGUCGUGUCAGGUUCUAUUGCCCGGGUAAGAUUACUUUAAAAAAAUUUUUUGCACUUUUCUGUAAGUUGAGAAGAUGAAGCCAUGAAAUAGCAAGGUAUUUAGGUUUAGCCUAAAACUGGAUAUUUUCAUUGAUUUCAAAGAAAGUAUAAACCAGGAAGCCUAGAGCCUAAUUCUUUGGACAAGUCCUUGACAGCAGUUCCUUUUCAGUCUUUCCAUAAACAGAAUUCAGAUGUAAGACAAAAUAAAACUUUCCAAAGCCAGAUGUCAUAUCUUUCGGAUUAAUCUAUUUCUUAAUCAUAUGUGCUACUAGUAUGUGUCUUAGCAUGAUAUUCUAGCAUACACUGCAUUAAAAAUAAAGGGAAGGUAGCUCUGGGUGAGCUCUCUGUUAGGCAUUUUUUCCUAAAUUUUUAAGAGUUUCUUUCAGUCAAUAGUUCCUUCAAAUGGGUUAGUUUCCCUUCGUUACCCAGUCGUUCUUUCAAGUUGAUAGAUGAUGAUGGAAAUGCAUUUAAGGCCAGUGGGGAUAGAUGGUCCAGGUCUUUUGUCCCAUAAACACAAACUUUGGAUGAUAACUACGUGUUUCAAAUGCUGUUAUAUGAAUAGCAAAAUGUGAUGGUCAGAAAUAAAGGGAUACUUUAAAGGUGGAUGUUUGAAAUUCUUUAGUCUUAAUGUAUAUGUAUAUUGAAUAAUAUACUCAAAAAAUAAGUGUGCAAUUUGCUAGUACUACAAUACAGUGAUUAGCAUUAGGUGUGUCUCCUCUUUUUAAAUACUAGCUGUGUCCCAUUUACUUCUAAGUGCAAUCCUUUCAAGUUCACUUGCUCUUUUACCCCCGUCUAAUCUAACUUCACAUAGAAGCCUUGUCUAGAGAGAGUAAUGUACGUAUUUUUACGUUUGCAGUGAAUUGCAUGUGCUAUCGUAACCACAGCUAAUUGCUUUUAUGUUGACAUAACUCUAAAAGUUAUUGUAAGUGUUCUCCUAUAUAUCAGCUCUAAUCCUUUAAGUAAAUUUAAAUAAAUUCUUGUUCAGAUUU